GCGGGUAGUACGGGAGGCCGGGGCUUGGGGUUGCGCUAGGCCGCAGGAUGGCGGAGACUAAAGUCAUUUACCAUCUGGACGAGGAGGAGACCCCGUACCUGGUGAAGGUUCCGGUCCCGGCCAAUGAGAUCCGCCUGCGGGACUUCAAGGCUGCGCUGGGCCGGGGCCACGCCAAAUAUUUCUUCAAGGCCAUGGACCAGGACUUCGGGGUAGUUAAGGAGGAGAUAUCGGAUGACAAUGCCAAGCUGCCCUGCUUUAAUGGCCGUGUGGUGUCGUGGCUCGUGUCCUCCGAGACCUCCCAGACGGAUUCUGCCCCCCCAGCUGCAGAGGUCCGACCCGACCCACCCCCUGUCCCACCCCCUGUGCCGCCGCCCCCCGCAGAGAGGACCAGUGGUAUUGGAGACUCGCGGCCUCCCUCCUUUCACCCCAACGUGUCGGGCAGCACCGAGCAACUGGAUCAGGACAACGAGUCUGUAAUCUCCAUGCGCAGAGACCGGGUCAGGCGCCGAGACAGCACCGAGCAAGGUGUUGCCAGGGGGGUGAAUGGACGGGCAGAGCGGCACCUCUCGGGGUACGAAUCCUCCUCGACGCUUCUGACCAGUGAGAUUGAGACGAGUAUCUGUGACUCGGAGGAGGACGACGCUAUGAGCAGGUUCAGCAGUUCCACGGAGCAGAGCAGCGCAUCCCGCCUCCUGAAGCGCCACCGGCGCCGCCGCAAGCAGAGACCCCCCCGCCUGGAGAGGACCUCCUCCUUCAGCAGCGUCACCGACUCCACCAUGUCCCUCAACAUCAUCACCGUCACGCUGAAUAUGGAGAAGUACAAUUUCCUGGGCAUCUCUAUCGUGGGGCAGAGCAACGAGCGCGGUGACGGGGGCAUUUAUAUUGGCUCCAUAAUGAAGGGCGGAGCCGUGGCAGCCGACGGGAGGAUUGAACCCGGGGACAUGUUGCUGCAGGUCAAUGACAUCAAUUUUGAGAAUAUGAGCAACGACGAUGCUGUUCGUGUCCUUAGGGAUAUUGUCCAUAAGCCGGGGCCUAUUAUCCUGACCGUGGCCAAAUGCUGGGACCCUUCCCCACAGGGCUACUUCACUCUCCCCCGCAACGAGCCCAUCCAACCGAUUGACCCUGCUGCCUGGGUGUCCCACUCGGCUGCACUUAGCGGAUCGUUCCCAGUGUACCCCGGCAGCGCCUCCAUGAGCAGCAUGACCUCCAGCACCUCUGUGACUGAGACCGAGCUUUCCCACGCACUCCCGCCGGUGUCGCUCUUCAGCCUCUCUGUACACACGGACUUGGCUUCCGUCGCGAAGGUCAUGGCCUCCCCGGAGUCCGGCCUCGAGGUCCGAGAUCGUAUGUGGCUCAAAAUCACCAUUCCCAACGCUUUCCUGGGCUCAGACAUGGUAGACUGGCUGUACCACCACGUGGAGGGCUUCCAGGACCGGCGGGAGGCGCGCAAGUUUGCCAGUAACCUGCUGAAGGCCGGGCUCAUUCGCCACACGGUGAACAAGAUCACCUUCUCGGAGCAGUGUUACUAUAUCUUCGGGGAUCUCACCGGCUGUGAGAACUACAUGGCCAACCUCUCUCUAAAUGACAAUGAUGGAUCCAGCGGUGCCUCCGACCAGGACACUUUGGCCCCUCUGCCUCUCCCUGGGGCCUCCCCGUGGCCCCUACUCCCCACCUUCUCCUACCAGUACCCAGCCCCCCACCCGUACAGCACCCAGCCCCCCGCCUACCAUGAGUUAUCCUCCUACAGCUACGGCAUGGGCAGCGCCGGCAGCCAGCACAGCGAGGGGAGCAGGAGCAGCGGCUCCAACCGCAGCGACGGGGGGCGGGGCACGCAGAAGGACGAGCGCUCGGGGGUAGUCGGGGUGGGCGGGGGGGAGUCUAAGUCGGGAUCUGGAAGUGAGUCGGAAUACUCCACCCGCAGCAGCAUAAGGAGAAUAGGGGGUGGGGAGGCUGGCCCCCCCAGCGAGCGCUCCACUUCAUCGCGGCCUCCACUUCACCAUCCACCCUCGGUCCAUUCCUACGCGGCCCCCGGCGUCCCCCUCUCCUACAACCCCAUGAUGCUCAUGAUGAUGCCCCCCCCACCGUUACCUCCGCCUGGGGCGUGCCCUCCGUCGUCUUCUGUUCCACCCGGAGCUCCGCCCCUUGUGCGGGAUCUAGCGUCUGUUCCCCCGGAGCUAACUGCCAGCCGCCAGUCGUUCCACAUGGCCAUGGGCAACCCCAGCGAGUUCUUUGUGGAUGUCAUGUGACACUAAGGGGCCGUUAGUGCCCUUCCUACCCCCCCCCCCGGGCUCUGUACGUACAAUCAGCGUUUAUAUGGUCACACUUACAUUUCAGCCUAGGGCAGGGAUGCCCCUUGCUCACUACAUGGACCCGGGCUCUCCUGAAGGGGGCAAUAAACCCAGAAGGAUUAUGGGAAGCCCACCACAAAGGGGACUAUCGAUACGAUGCUAUUCCAGCAAGGGGUACGGACUAUCCCCGCCUUUGCUUUUCUUAUUAUGGGAGAAAUUAAGCUUUUUUUUUUCUUUCCUCCUGUUUAUGUUGACACUAUAGUUAGUCGUGAUGUCAUAGCCCGGUGACAUCACUCAGAGGGGCGUUGGCUAAACUCUAUAACAGUAGGGUCUUACUCUAACCCUGUUUGUAGGAAGAGAACGUAAGGAAAUAGUUGAAACGAACAAAUUCUGAACUCUGAUGUCACCCAUCAGUGACCUCAUUGGUGACAUCAUAACCUCUGUCUGUUACUAAACACUAAAACUCCGAGGGGUCCGCUGUACGCUCCUAUCUACACGCACACGUAUGUAUCUCUACACAGACGGUACUUGCCCCGCAGGGUGCAGUGAUAAUGAAGUAUGUUUAUCCGUGUAUGUUAAUAAUGUGCCCCCCUGGGGGCAGGAAGGGGGGGGGGGGGCAGCCUUUCUGCCCCACGAGACACUGCUUCUCUGUUACCAAUAGACAUUUCUUUGUAUUUUUACACGUAAAGCUGUCGCUGUGAAACAGACUCCACCCCCAAACCCCCCCAUUCUGGCGCCGUCGGUGCCUUGUCAGACCAACCAAUGAAUGCCUUAGUGUUGGGCCCAGAUGGGGGAGGGAUUGUGGCCCUCUGGCUCUGCCCCGGGGGCAAAUUAAGUGCCUCGGUUACUUGCCUCUUAUUGUAUUUAUUACUUUUUUUUAGUGCAUAAACCUCAGUAAUAAAGGAAAUAAACCUUGUGUUUUAUAGCAA